AUGAAUACCGCAUCCCAAUUUCAGCAGAAGUCACAAGCCCAGCAGCCGCCAACAGCUCAACAAUUUCAAUCCCAAUACCUUUUGCAGCAGCAGCAACAGCAACAUGCACAACCGUUUGGUUCCUUACAGGAUGGAUUUGUGCAAAGGCAACAGCAUCAUGCUCAAUCUCAAAAUGAGGGUUUGAAUCCUUCAAGUUUUCUGACGCAAUCCUUGUAUCAAGGAGGCUACCGUCCUAAUAAUCAGCAGAGCCAACAAAGUCAACUUCAGAAUUUGCAUCAACAAUUGCAGCAGUUGCAACAACCAGGAACGCCACAGCAACAGCAACAACAGUUGUAUUCUCUUUCAGCCCAGCAACAACAACAACCACAACAACAACAGCAGUCCUUUUUUCCAAACGCUCAGAUUAGCGGACAAGUGCAGUUAAACCCAAUCCCUGUUGACGGCUCAGUUUCAAACCAAGCUCAUUGGCAGCAUCAAGUUCAACUAGCCCAUGUUGCAAAGAAUUCUAACCUACCUCAUUUUUAUGCGAGACAAGCUGCUUCCUCAUCACGAAAGCUUUUGAACGGGUCAGAUUCUGUGAGUAAACAAGGAUCGUCUUUGGUAGACAUCACAAAGUCUCUUCUGGUUAGUGUUCAAGAAAGUCAACAGAGUCAGGACCAACAGCAGGUGAAUGAAGGUUUGAUGCAGCACAAGAAGACGACGAACGAUGUUUCGAUGGAUGAGGAAGAAGAAGACCAACGCAUAAGAAUUAAGGAAAAUAACACACAACUUUGGACAGCUUUGGAUUUGAGUGGACAAAUGAUCGCAAGUAUUUCUCCAAAGCUAUUUCACUAUGGGUUUUUGAGAAGAUUAUAUCUGAACGGCAAUAACCUCCAGCAUAUUCCAGAUGCAAUCCUCAAGCUGAAAUCGCUCAGGGUUCUUGAUUUAUCAUUUAAUAAGCUCACGGAAGUCCCUUCUGAACUUGGUAUGCUUUUCAACCUGAAAUACCUAUACCUUUUUGGCAACAACCUGAAAUCUGUCCCAUUCGAAUUUGGAAACCUUUUCCAGCUUGAAUUUUUGGGAAUUGAAGGGAACGCAGAGUUUAGCGAAGAUUUGGUGAACAUCAUUGCAAAAAAAGGUACUAGGGGCUUGAUAAUUUACCUCAGAGAUGAAGCUCCUCGUCUUCCACCUCCAGAGCCUCGUAAAUGGAUCGAGAUAGGCGAUGACGGUGAACCAUUUUUGGGCACGGAUGAUCUAAAACCCGCAAAGGAUUACGACCUUUCAGCCAUGAGCAACAAUUCAUUCACUUUGAUGAGUUACAACACUUUGUGCCAACAUUAUGCCACUCCAAAGAUGUACAAAUACACUCCGUCCUGGGCCUUAGAUUGGGAUUACAGAAGACAAAAGCUUACCGAAGAGAUUCUUGCCUAUAAAACAAAUUUGAUUUGCUUGCAAGAAGUUGAAACUCGUACAUUCGAGGAGUAUUGGGUACCAUUGAUGGAGUCAAAUGGUUAUAAGGGCGUGUUCCAUUGUAAGAGUAGAGCCAAGACCAUGAACGAGAAAAACGCCAAGAAGGUGGACGGGUGUGCCACAUUUUACAAGACCUCAAUGUUUGAAUUGAUUGAUAAACGGAUCCUUGAGUUUGGAAGAGUGGUCAUGAGUCAAGAAAAGUACAAGAAAACAGAAGACAUUUUCAACCGCUUCAUGAACAAGGACAACAUUGCAUCCAUUUCUAUAUUAUAUCAUAUUCCAACAGGAAGCAAGGUAGUUUUGGCAAAUACCCAUUUGCAUUGGGAUCCGGAAUUUAAUGACGUGAAGACGAUGCAGGUUGCCGUUCUUUUGGAGGAGUUGAGAAUGCUUUUGCUGAAAUACACUAAUAGCAAAGAUGAGCUCAACAAGAUUCCAUUGAUUAUAUGUGGAGACUUCAAUUCUCAAACAGAUUCCGCAGUUUAUCAGUUGUUUUCUCAAGGAGCAGUCAAAGAACAUUAUGAUUUCAAGGGAAGAGAUUAUGGAAAAUUCACAUCAGAAGGAUUUAAUCAUCCAUUCCACUUGAAAUCGGCGUACGGAGCUAUCAACGAGUUACCGUUCACAAAUUUCACUCCUACUUACACCGAGGUAAUUGAAUACAUCUGGUACUCAACAGGGACUUUGUCUGUGAAGGGAUUACUUGGUGAGAUGGACCCAACUUAUGCCAAAAGGGUUGUUGGUCUGCCUAGCGCAGACUUCGUUUCUGACCAUUUACCUCUAAUUACCAAGUUUGAGUUCAAGAAAAACACCACAAACAAGAAAGUCAAGGUUGAUUUCAGGGAUGGCAGCUCUUCUAGAAAGGCCUAA